CCUUCUAUGAGCUCUUCCGACUUGUACUCGCGACAUUGCCAUUUUAGCGACGUUCCAAACACCCACGCUGCAGCCUGUGAUCUGGCACUCGUGUGAGAACUCGGAAUUACUCCCCCAGCCAGCCGCCGCGCCCGGCGAGAUCGCACUGGGAAGCAAGACUCAAUUGCAGCGUUUUCCUACCAGCAAACUUUCCGCAUGGCGUCUCUUUAUUCAGCAUCCGUCCGACGCCGACGGGACCUGAAGGACGAAGAGGAGGAUGCAUCAAUAGGAAAGCUCGGACAAGAGUUCAUGGGAGAUCAGGCGCAACCGCUGUUGAUCUCAGAGGUCAAGUUCAUUUUGGAGCAGAUCGAAGGCGACAAGGAAGACGGGCAGCAAGAGCAUGAUCAGUCGAGUAAUCCCAUCUACAAGAAGACGCUCGACUACAUUGAGAUCUUUUCGCGCUACAAUGCUCUAGAUACUGUCCGCAGCCUCAGAGCCGACCAUCUCCACCCGAACACGCUGAAACCCGAAGACUAUGACGAGAAUGGGAACCUGGUUCCGGACGAAGCAAGCUUGCAGCUGACCGGUUUUGAAGGCGUGCAAAUCGCCGAUCUGGCAGUCGAGAAUGUCGAGGAGGCCAAGACGUUGAUCCCGACGUUGGUAUCAAAGGACGACAUGCGGCUAGCAGAGCUGCUCGAGGAGAUCUCCAACGCAAGACGUUUCCAGACGACCGGGUAGCAACUAGUCCACUUGCUCUCAGCACUGCCACUCCCUCUUCCUUCCCUCAUGUAAUCUCACGAGACUCCCUCAUGUAUUUGUACCGGUCAUACAAUUUUAAGAAGAUUGACAGC